AAUUCCAUGCUUCUGUUUUACUGUAUGUUCUUAUGUGAUACUUGUACAAAGGCAACAUCAUCAUCAUCUAUCUAUCUCAGUUCUGAAAUCACCACCUACCACUGAUAACUCCAUUCCUUCUUCUUCUUUUUAUAUAUCCCCACCAUUCACUUAACACAACUUCUCUUUCCAUGUUUGCACAACUGAACGAUCUCACUUGCUGUUUUUGGAUUUGGGUUUUUGAGAAGGUCCAAGGCUGGUGGUGCCUGAAAGCUCCAUCUCCGCUUAGAUUCAGAUUUCAGAAGCACAUUUGACCCACACAGAGGAAACCCAUAGAUCUGGAAUUGUGGGUUUGAUACCUUGGUUUUGGAUAAGGAAUGUCGAACUGGUUUCAAAGAUCUGGCAUUUCGAGGUUGCUGUUUUGAGACACUUUAUAGAGAGGCAUCUCAGCAUCUAAUAGAAUGGCCUCUGAUCUCAAAGCAGAGUUAUCCAAGGAAGCUUUUUUGGGUCUGAAGGUCUGGGAAGUGAUUGGAAUAGCUGUUGCAUUGUUUAUCAUAAUAAUCCUCACUGUGCUAUCACUAUGCCUUACUUCGCGUAAGAAAUCGAGAAAAGCCGGGGCCAGGAUUCCCCACAGUCAAAUUCCAACUGUCUCAAAAGAAAUUAAGGAAGUUCGAGUGGAGCAAAUAACUGCCAGUGAAUUUGUUCCCCGUGAUGGAAUUCUUCUUACCAUUCAUGACAAAUCCAGCGAUAGAGAAUCAGAUAAGGUUAUGGUCCAUCUGGGUAUGGGAAAGUCAAAGAAUGGAGAGAAUAGUAGUCGGUCAGGUUCAUUUAAUCAUUUAGAAAAAGAUGGGGGAGAGUCUCAAUCUGGAGAAGAAGGGAGUUCUACCACGGGUACAGGGUACAAGCCUUCUUCAUCAUAUCCCAUAACUGCUCCAUCUCCUCUAGUUGGUCUGCCUGAAUUCUCGCACUUGGGUUGGGGCCACUGGUUUACAUUAAGGGACCUUGAGCUAGCAACAAGCAGGUUUUCAAAGGAAAAUGUUCUUGGCGAGGGUGGAUAUGGAGUUGUUUACCGGGGAAAUCUCAUUAAUGGAACUCCUGUUGCAGUUAAAAAGAUCCUAAACAACCUUGGCCAAGCAGAGAAGGAAUUUAGAGUGGAAGUUGAAGCAAUUGGCCAUGUCCGCCACAAGAAUUUGGUUCGUCUUUUGGGAUACUGCGUUGAAGGGACUCACAGGAUGUUGGUCUAUGAGUAUGUCAACAAUGGAAACUUGGAGCAGUGGCUUCAUGGAGCUAUGCGUCACCAUGGAUAUCUCACUUGGGAAGCCCGUAUAAAGGUUCUCCUUGGAACAGCAAAAGCUCUUGCUUAUCUACACGAGGCCAUUGAACCAAAAGUGAUACAUCGAGACAUUAAAUCAAGCAAUAUAUUGAUUGAUGACGAAUUCAAUUCCAAGGUAUCUGAUUUUGGCCUGGCCAAGCUGCUGGGUGCAGGAACAAGUCACGUGACAACUCGUGUUAUGGGAACCUUUGGAUACGUGGCCCCUGAAUAUGCUAAUUCUGGACUUUUGAAUGAAAAGAGUGACGUCUAUAGCUUUGGUGUUUUGCUCUUAGAAGCCAUCACUGGAAGAGAUCCUGUGGACUAUGGUCGCCCUGCUGCUGAGGUAAACCUUGUUGAUUGGCUUAAAAUGAUGGUUGGAAGCAGAAGAUCAGAAGAAGUGGUGGACCCAAACAUCGAAGUCAGACCAUCAACAAGAGCCUUGAAACGAGCUCUCUUGACUGCUUUGAGGUGUGUUGAUCCAGAUUCUGAAAAACGACCCAAGAUGAGUCAAGUUGUCCGUAUGCUUGAGUCCGAGGAGUAUCCUAUACCAAGAGAGGAUCGAAGGAACCGAAGAACUCAAGCCGGUAGCAUGGAGAUCGACUCCCAAAAGGAAAAUUCAGAUACUGAUCGGAGUGAUUAUCCUGUUUCAAGAUCAGAAAGUAAAGACUACCAACAGCGAUAAUAAAACCAGUAGUUGAUUUCAGGAUCUGAGAAGUAUAUCGAGGGUAAUUCACGAUAUUUAUUUUUUCUACUCUUAAAAUUCUUGGGUUUGACGAGCUCGUACUAUCUAGGACAUGGGGAAGGGGUUCAUGUGGGAGAGGAGGUGGUCCUCAUAUUCUUUGUUUCUAUCUUCCCUUCCCCCAUUUUUUUCCUUGUAGAUUAAGAGAUAUAUAUUGUUUGUGUAUGGAAGUGGUGGUGUUUGUGUGUACAGAGUUGUUGAUCAUCAAAUUUGUUGGAUGC